AUGUCUGCCACUGCCUCUCUCAAGAACAGGCCUACUGCUCUCUCCACAAAGUCCUUUACUCGAUACGAACCCUCACCACCCUCCAGCUCCACAAGUCGAGCAAGAGCCAGCACAACCUCAUCAGUGUCUUCUCUAAAGUCCCCCAAGAAGGAUCCAGCUCAUCUGCAAGAUGUCUUCCAAAAGCCCAUCAAUGAGGACAGUGAACCUCCCUCCCCGGAUAUUGCAAGAGCCCACACCUUACCCGACCAAUUCGACGAAUUACCUAUAGAACUCGCCAGUCUGACUGACAGGUUUGUCGAGUCUCUCAAAGUCAAAGUCUACAACGAACCUCCCACCAUCGACCAACUGUCCGAUCUGUUCCAAGAAUUCUAUGCCCGAGCAUCCGGUGCUAUCGCCAUCCAUAUCUCUGCUCUUAGAUCUAAGCUCAACAGAGAGCCUUCUCCUGCUCCCUCUAAAUCAUCCACCAAGUCCAGAUCACUUACCGCAAAACAUUCCAGCGACGCUCUGAAACCUCGAGAUGCCGUUGGUGCCUCUCAACAGAUGCUGACUGCUUCCGAGGUCACGGAGAAACGGAAACAGAGGAAAAUGCUCGAGUUCAAGCGUAUAUUACUAGAGGAGGCCGUCGAAAGGAGGGUAUGUGAGAACAUCUACGACAAAAUAUGGAGACACAAGAGCACUCUGGAUGAGGUUCGAGAUGAGAAACUCCGUUCCAAGACUGCUGCUUUGGCCCUCGUUGGUAUCGGUUUGAAAGACCUGGGCAUCGAGGUCCACCCUGACCAAGAAAAGUCGGUAGAGGAUAUACAGGCGUCCUUGAUUCCUGCCAGGGAGGGUCUCGCCAAAAUGAAUGAUGAAAAGUAUCCCCUGGGAAAGUUGAAGCAUCUGACCAAGGCACACCAAGCUAUCGUUGACACCCUCUACACCAUACACCCUUCCUCUUCCUCAGCGGAUGAGAUCUUGCCCACUCUCAUCUAUACACUGAUUACCUCUCCCGUUGAAGGGAUCAACAUUAUAAGCAAUCUCUACUUCAUUCAGCGGUUUCGAGCUGCUCCGAGGAUCGACGGUGAGGCUGCCUAUUGCCUGACCAACCUCGAAGCCGCCAUCAGCUUCUUGGAAAACGUCGAUCUAGCGAGUUUACGAGCAGAUGAGAUGCCUGAGGGACCCAAAAAGCCCGCCAGCCAGGACGGGGAAGAGUCAAAUGAGAAACUCGAGGCUUUCCCCUCCCUUCCUGGCACUGCACCGGUUCCUUCAACUCCUACAACAGAAACCUCACCUUCCAACGCCACCGGUGUCAAUGCAGUGGCAAGCCCGACUGGUUCCAUUCUCAAACCCUUGCCCGAAAAACCAGCGGCCCGGGUGACACGACACCAGCGCACAUUAUCGGAUAUAUUGUUGCCCAUUAGUAAUGCCAAUGAGGCUGUGCGCUCAACUGCUGAAGAAGGGUUCAAAAACAUAUCCAGUACGCUGGACAACAGUUUCAAAUUUCUGAUCGGGAGGCUCAAGGAACGUGGUACAGAGGAUGCUAGCGCAGAAGUCGUUCUACCCAAGACUUUGGAUGAAGCUCGACAGCUUGUAAAUCGACCACUGACGCCGGACGAUGAUGAUAAUGCGCUCAGCGAGUCCAGCUCAGUUCAUGAUGGUCAGAGCACUCCCAGUACAAACCUAACCAAAACAGAAGACAAAAUUCUAAGCCUCUUGGGUGGCCGGAAAUCGGCUACUGUACGUGAGCGUAGUGUCGACAGUGUGCAAAGCAAUAGUAGUGGUCGACGGAUCUCUUUCCUCCCAGGGAGUACCGAUGGGGCGUCUGCUAACGCGUCAUCUUCAAAAACCACCGCAGCUAUACCUCAGCCUACCUCCAAUAACCCACUAGAAUCUGUUAAGAGUUUUGGCGGCAGCCUCAAUCCCAUCAACCAUAUCGGCUCUGCGUUUGGAGGGGCUUUCGGUCGAUUUGGGAGCCGUGCAGGUGCAUCUGCUUCUCCACCCUCAGCCGCCACGCCCUCAAUUGUCCUAGACAGGGACAAUCGAUCACCUUUGGGAGAUAAAUUUCCCAAGAAUAUAUCGAAGCCGGCCUCUGAGGAUGAAGCACGUAACACUCCGAUGCGCACUCCUAAGCCAGACGAGUUACCGGCGAUCAAAGCUGCCCCGCCAGUCUCCCGCUUCAUGUCUAUGACUGAUGCCAAUGAGUUAAAGAUCGGGGAUGUCCAGGAGUUACUAGGCGAUUAUCAGCGACUUGCUCGUGUUUUGGGUCAGCUGGUGCAACGAGCACAGGCAGCUGCAGAUACAGAUGAGAACGUUAGUGAGACGGCUGGCAGUGACCAGGACAAGGAUUGA